AUGGCCUCGAGCUCAGCAACUAUUUGGACCGCGUUUCUUGCGGCGCUCAUCUCACUUUGGGCAUGUGCACCCAGCUUUGGUGUCCCAACCUCGAGGCAGGAGCCUCUCAGUGUUCUCAGGGAAAGAACCGGGCUCAGCAUCAGCCAGAAAGCUCCGCCAGUCGAAGGCCUAUCUCGCAAGGAGAAGGUGCUCAUGAGCAGGCUUUCAGAGCUGGGAAAGAAGGGCGACUGGCAAGGUGCCCGUCGACUGUACGGAAGUUACAAAGGUUCGGCCGUCACGGUGAUCAAUGCAGCCAUGCAGGCAGCUUACCGUUGCGGACAGUACCAAGAAGCAGCAGGAAUAUACAAGAAGCUGCGGAGUUUGCGUGUCGGGGUGAACGAAGUCAGCCUACUUGUGGGCCUGAAGAUUUUCGGAAAGUUGCAAGAUACCGUCAUGGUUGACGCGAUAUGGGCGGAGGUUUCAGAGUGCGGAUGGGUUGACAAGUUUCGAUGUGGUACCCGCAUUGAUGCAGCAGCUUACAUGGGGGACGUCGAGCAAGCAAAACGGCCUAGCCAUAACGCAGCCAUGUACCUGUUCAAAAAAAUGUUGGACUACGACAUAUCGCCAACCAUCGUCACCUGCACCAACUUGGCACGCGCAAAUGUGAUGGCAAGUCUUGAGCAGAUCCAGCGUGUCCGUGCCGUCAUGAAGGAAUACGGUAUCCGUUCCGAUGCAGUUUUCGCUGAGUCGUAUGUGCAUGCCCUGAUUCAGGGACGUCGUCUGAUCUCUGCUGCGAAACUUGCGGAUUUGCCUGAGUGCGAAGGGAGAUUUCAAAGAAGCUCAGAACGCGCUGCUCGAGAUCCAGGCCAACAACGUCGAGUUGACCGGACUAUGUCAAAGAGUCCUAAAGGCUGUGAAGCAAGCGGGCUUGUGAAGCCAUCAAUGUGCUUGCUUGGUGAUGACAAUAAUUACGUGCUGCCAGCUCAGGAGCACGGCAAGAAUCAGCAGCCCUGA